AGAGAGAAACAGAGAGAGGAAUAACAGGAUGCAACCCAUAACAACAUCAUAUGCAGAGAGUAGAAAGCUUGACACACACACACUCGGUGAGAGGAUGGAUGGAUAGAGACUCCAGGGCAGGGACCAAGUGAGAGUGGGCUGACUGCAGCACCUGUGAGCCGCAGCAACAGCAUCAUCAUCAUCAUCAUCAUCUGCAGCUCCACAAUCCUGGACCUGCUUUCUCAUUUCGCGGAGCAUGGCAGCCUGGCCUUUUUAAUUGAAUGAGGAUAAUACAAACAGCAGCCUGUGCACCAGCUUCUGCAGCCCCUCUUCAUUCAGCAUGCGCUGGGAGAGCGAGAGAACACGCUCAAGUGGAAUCACUGGCGGCCGUCGAACACAGCAUAACACGGGCAGCGCGAGUCUCUGUUCUCAAAGCAACAGCAGCCGUACAACUAACGCUCUUACUGUUAGCUCCAGCAAUAGUAGGGACAUCAGGUAGCAUAGUAAUAAGUUUGUAGGGGCAGGUGUACCUUUUAAAAGAGCAACAGUGACAGAUUGUAAUGUAAAUAAUAAAAAUAACAAUAAAAAUACAUACAGAGUAGCUCUAUUGCAGUAUUGAUUUACUUUUUAGUGAUAUUUGUUGAGCUGUAAUUUGUGAAAAACUCUAAAGGGAAUUCAGUGUUUUUUAGUGCUAUAUUGACACUAGUAGUAGCAUGAAUAUCACUGCUAUGAAGUGCUGACAUGCUUUAAGAUUUAGUUUAAGUGUGUAGUCAUUUGUUGUUGUCACUUUUGCGUAACACUAGGUAGUGAGUGAUAGCUCCUGUUGUGUGAUUGUAGUUAGUGUGUCAGCUGUGUUUGUGGUUAUGGUGAAGAGAGCGAAGGCUCCAUCCAUUUUGGCUGAUGAAGGCCUCCUGGAUACGGCUGCUGAAACGAGCAAAGGGGGGUCGAGUCAACAACGAUAUUGGCGGUUCGGCAGAUUCGUACACCAGCCGCCCGUCUGACUCGGAUGUGUCUCUAGAGGAGGACAAAGAGGCAUUGCGUAGAGAGGCUGAGAGGCAGGCCCAGCUCCAAGUCGAAAAAGCCAAGACAAAACCAGUAGCAUUUGCUGUUCGUACAAAUGUUAGCUACAGUGCUUCCCAUGAAGAUGAUGUCCCCGUGCCUGGCUUGGCCAUUUCAUUUGAAGCUAAAGAUUUUCUACAUGUAAAAGAGAAAUUCAAUAAUGACUGGUGGAUCGGCCGCUUGGUGAAGGAAGGAUGUGAGAUCGGUUUCAUCCCCAGUCCAGUGAAGUUAGAAAACCUUCGAAUCCGCCAGGAGCAACGAGCCAAACAGAGCAAAUUCCCCAUCAGCAAAUUGGGAGCUAACUCCUUGUCCAGUUUAGGGGACAUUGUCCCAAGCUCUCGAAAGUCUACUCCUCCCUCCUCAGCCAUUGACAUAGACGCUGUGGGUUUAGAGUCGGAGGAGCCUGAACCUCCUCCACCUCCCCAGCAGCGUUCUCCAAAAGCCAGCCCAAACCAAGUCAUAUCCACUUUAACCCGUGAGAAACGAAUGCCCUUCUUUAAGAAGAAUGAGCACAUUCCCCCAUAUGACGUAGUGCCCUCCAUGAGGCCUGUGGUUCUGGUGGGACCCUCACUCAAGGGCUAUGAGGUGACAGACAUGAUGCAGAAAGCAUUAUUUGACUUUCUGAAGCACAGAUUUGAAGGAAGGAUAUCAAUCACUCGGGUAACAGCAGACAUUUCUCUAGCCAAGCGAUCUGUCCUGAAUAACCCCAGUAAACAUGCCAUCAUUGAACGCUCCAAUACGCGCUCCAAUCUUGCUGAGGUACAGAGUGAGAUUGAGAGGAUCUUUGAGUUGGCACGCACGCUGCAGCUGGUGGUUCUGGACGCUGACACUAUAAACCAUCCGUCUCAGCUGGGCAAGACUUCGCUCGCGCCAAUCAUCGUUUACGUCAAGAUAGCGUCUCCAAAGGUUUUACAAAGAUUAAUAAAAUCUAGAGGAAAGUCACAGGCGAAACACCUCAAUGUGCAGAUGGUGGCAGCAGACAAACUGGCUCAGUGCCCUCCGGACCUUUUCGACAUCAUCCUGGAUGAGAAUCAGUUAGAGGAUGCCUGCGAGCACAUAGCCGACUAUCUGGAAGCUUACUGGAAAUCCACACACCCGGCCAGCUGCACUCCGGCCAAUCCUCAGUUAGAGAAUCUCACUGCCGCCCAAUCAGAUACUCCUGAUCCUCUGUCUAAUCUGCAGGGAACAGGGGAUGUGCAGAAGGCUGAAAAGUCACUAGGAGAGAGGAAGAGUUCUCUAGAUCACCACCAUCACCAUCACCACCGUCACCAUCAUCGCCUGCAAAAGCAAGAGAGCCUGGACCAAGCGGAGGAUGACGAUCAGGAGGAAGCUGUUAAAGAACAGACAGUCUUACGGAGUGAGCGAAGAGCACCGCACAUACACCACUGCUCUUCGUCCACGCGGACUGAACAUCACAAUCAUCACCAUCAUCACCACCACCAUCACAGUCGCACAGCACACACGUUCUCCAGGCAAGAGACGCUGGAGAGCAGAGACUCUGCUUGUGCAAAGCCACAUGCCACUCACACACAAUCAGAUCCACCCACACACUUACACACAAGACACACAGGGGAGGAAGAGGAGGAAGAAGAAGAAGAAGAAGAAGAAGAAGAAGAAGAGGAGGAGGAGGAGGAAGAGGAGGAGGAUGAGGAGGAGGAUGAGGAGGAAGAUCAGCCUGUUCAACUUAACCAUCAUCACCACCAUCAUCAUCAUGGAAAGGGAGGAAGGGAAUGGGAGCGAGAGCACGAUCACAGUGAGCGCAAUGGCCAGCAAAGCGGACAGCAGAGAUCACAACAAGAACGAUAUCAUGAGUGUGAAAGACAACACUCUGUUGAAGGAGAAGAGAAAAAAGAAGAGACAGACUGGGAGACAGAUCCCUACAUAGAGGAGUAAUGCACAACAAACACACAAACACAACCAAUGACUGCAACAGACAAAACAUACACUUUUACAAAACUUAGAUUCAGGUUCAGAAUCUUUGCCAACUUCGAUCUGCAUUGGUGAACGUUUAAAGGUGCAGUUUGUAACAUUUCAGUGUGUUAGUAAACCAGAAUGAUGAUAGAACUUCAAAGCUAUGUGAUGUGCAAUAAUAUGGCCUUUCGAUUGAUUUGGCUCAUAUCUUCAUGUCAAGCAUGUAUUGAUACUUCCGGCCUGGAAAUGAGCUCCAUCUUGACAAGAUGUUCUGAAACAAAGCUACAAAACCAACUUAUGAUGGAAUCAUCCCAUCAUUUUAGUGUAGUUCUACAGGAAGAGGAGGUUCAUCAGUGUUUUCAGAUUCGUAGAUUCACCGUGGUCAUCCUCACAGAUUGCAAAAGGCUUGAAUAAUUACAAACUGCUCCUUUAAUAGUGAGAUAUAACGUACUGUAAUGUUCUAUCAUGUUGCCAUGGCAACCCAUAGAAUUUUGUUAUUAUAAAUCAAGGGAAUAUGUGAAACAUCUUUCAAACAGAAAGUUAGAUAUGUUGUAGACCCUCCAGGAUUGUGUAUCAUUCCAAAUAUUAUUAUAGUACACAACAUUUUUAGUUUAUAAUUAUGGGUUUAAGAAGUGAUUUGUCCACACAGAGACUUACGUAUAGACACGUAACGCAUAACCCUUAGUGUUUUGCCUGUGAACUGCCAAAAUCUGUGGCUAUGAUACUUUUUUGUAUUUUAGCCUGUCAGGACCGAGUUAUCGACUUGUCAAAAAUUUACAUUUCCUUGAAUGCCACAACACUUGUGGUGCAGAUGACACACAGGCACAAAUUUCCGUCUUUCCGUCAUCUGACAUUCGUUCCAAGUUCACUUUAGGUUCAGGCUCAUUUGCAAAGACUAAAUGUGUAGUAAGAGAAAAUUAGAUCUAGAAAACAGAACAUUACUAGAGAACUAUGAAGCUAAUAAUGCUAAUUCUGCACCUCUUCACACACAAACACACACACACACAUACAUACACACAUACAUACAUACAUGUGCUGCUAUCCUGCCCUCUGGACUUUUGGCUCUCUGUUACUAUGCCUCCUUUGUAAAGACUGGUGUUUUUAAAGAUUACAUUAUUGUAAAUAAGAUAUAGGUAUCCAUACAUACUUGUUCUAUCAGUGUGUGGAAACGUGAAUAUUAAACAAUAAAUAUGAGUCAAUAUUAAUUUCUUA